AUGGAGAUGGCAAGAUCCACUGGCUCCUGGCUCUCCAGCUGUCUCAUCACUCUCAUCUUUCUCCAGCCGCCUGCACCCGUGUCAGGUAGGAGUGGGGAUUUCAGCAAGUUCCAUGUGGCCCCGCUAGGGGGCACAGCCGAGCUGCUCUGCCCUCUUUCCCUGUGGCCGGAGACCGUGGCCAAAGAGGUGAGGUGGCUGCGGUCGCCACACCCGCAGCGCUCCCGGGCUGUUCACGUGUUCCGGGAUGGGAAGGACCGGGAUGAAGGUCUGAUGCCGGAAUACAAGGGGAGAACGGCGCUGGUGAUGGACGCCCGAGAGGGCAGCGUCGCUCUGCAGAUCCGCGACGUGCGCCUGGAGGACCGAGGGCCGUACCGAUGUCUGAUCCAGGUCGGAAACCUGAGUCGAGAGGCCACCGCGAUCCUGCAGGUCGCAGCCCCAUCUUCCGGGAGCAUCUCCUCCUCAGCAGUGGCUCUUGCUGUGAUCCUGCCUAUCCUGGGGCUUCUCAACAUGGUGCUCAUUUGCCUCAUCUGGAAGCAAAGAAAAUCAAAAGAGAAACUUCUCUAUGAACAGGUGAUGGAAGUAGAAAAUCUUCUCUCAGACCAUGCAAAAGAAAAAGGAAGACUCCAUAAAGCCCUCAAGAAACUUCGGAGUGAACUGAAGUUGAAAAGAGCUGCAGCAAACUCAGUGUGGAGAAGAGCCCGGCUGCAUUUUGUGGCAGUAACCCUGGACCUGAACACAGCACACCCCAAACUCAUCCUGUCUGAAGACCGGAGAUGUGUGAGGCUGGGCGACAAAAGGCAGCCUGUACCUGACAACCCCCAGAGAUUUGAUUUUGUCGUCAGCGUCCUGGGCUCUGAGUAUUUCCUGAAUGGCUGUCACUACUGGGAGGUGUAUGUAGGAGACAAGACCAAGUGGAUCCUUGGAGUGUGUAGUGAGUCAGUGAGCAGGAAGGGAAAGAUCACCGCUUCACCUGCCAACGGACAUUGGCUUGUGCGACAGAGUCGAGAGAAUGAGUAUGAAGCUCUCACAUCUCCACAGACCUCUUUCCGCCUUAAAGAGCCUCCACGGUGUGUGGGGAUUUUCCUGGACUAUGAAGCAGGAGUCAUCUCUUUCUACAACGUGAGCAGCAAAUCCCACAUAUUUACUUUCACCCACAGUUUCUCUGGACCCCUUCGCCCAUUCUUUGAACCUUGUCUUCAUGAUGGCGGGAAAAACACAGCACCUCUAGUCAUUUGUUCAGAACUGCACAAAUCAGAGGAGUCAAUUGUCUCCAAGGCAGAGGGAAAACGCCAUGCUAAUGGGGAUGUGUCCCUGAAGACGAACCCUUCCUUACUAACUCCUCAGGUCCCAGAGCUGAUGGAUCUGAUCCUGCCUUUGCCUUCUGACCUUGGCCCAGCCCUUCAGGGGCUUAAGGUUCCUUCUUUUUAG